AUGGAGGACAACGCGGAGCUCGAGUCGUUUCGACGUCAGUGGCGAGAAGAAGUUGCGCGUCGUACAAAACAAAAUAAACCUAGCCCAUCGCAAUCCAAACCGUCCGCAUCUACGACCACUCGGCCUCCGACGACACAACAAUUCCCACCCACUCACCAUGAAGCUUCACAGCGCAAAGGAGAAGACGACGGAGACGGGGCAGCAGCAACUCUGGAUCAGGGUGAAAUCAUCCAAGGAGUAAGCCAGCUGAGCUUACACCCCCCCGACGACGAUGCCUUCAACAAUCAAGUACCCCGCAAAGAGCCCAAAUCCGCACUGGAACACUUCGAGCGCGCGGUAGAGAAGGAAGCAGAAGGAAAUUUGGGCGAUAGUCUGCAGCUAUACCGCAAGGCUUAUCGACUCGAUGCGGCCGUCGAUAAGACGUACCGGAAUAAGCAUUUCGCUUGGGCAUGGAAAAAGUCAGCUCAAGCGGCGGCCUCUUCAGCCAGUGCUCCCUCAGCAGCGCAAAAACCACAAGAUGAAUCUGAGACUCUACCAACGCCCGAACUAAUUGCUUCGUUCGCCAACCUCCCUAUCCCGCAGGCUGAACCGGAGAUCGAGAAUACUCCUCCUCCGCCAUGCCCCAUCGCAAACGUACCCUCGGAGGUAAUCGUUGAAAUCCUACGACACAUCGCUUUGAUGGACCCAGCGGCUUUCUGCCGCAUGGCGCUGGUCUGUAAGCGCCUUGCAUAUCACUUUGCGCACGAGCAACACAUUUGGAAACGACUAUGCCAAGGUUCUGAAUUUGGGUUCAAGGCCAUGCAUUACUCGUUUGCGUGCGAUAUCUACGGUCGUCCUGAACAUACAUUGGCUCCGCGGUUCACACCCUUUCCUACCUCCAUCCCCGCACAAAUCCCUCAACCGCUGUCUUCAUGGAGUGAGGUCUUUCAAAUCUUCCCACGCAUUCGAUUCACCGGGAUAUACAUCAGCACUGUCAAUUACACCCGUCCGGGUGCUGCUUCCUCAUAUCAAAACAUAUCUUGGGGUAGUCCGAUCCAUAUAGUUACCUACUACCGGUAUAUACGGUUCUAUAGGGACGGAACCGUCAUUUACUUGCUGACUACGGAGGAACCUCUGAAUGUGGUGCCACACAUUAGUAAAGAGAAUGUGAAGGCCGCGCGAGCAACAUCGCACAAGCAACAUCAGCGCCAGCUCUCUGAUGCGGGUACUACAGUGACGGGGGCUCCUGAUCCUGUACCCCCAGUGGCUAUGGCCGCACUGAAGUAUGCUCAGUUUGGUCGCUGGCGCCUCUCCAAGCCCUUGGCUGCGUCCGAUCCGGAGGAACCACAAACCGACCAGGCCUCCGGACUACCAUCGCUUCCGGGCAAGACGUCCUCCGACGGCCCUGAUCCUAGGGACGUCAUCGUUGAGACGGAGGUUCUGAACCCGAAGAAGUACAUUUGUGUUCUUCAUCUCUCGCUCCGGUCUACAUCCGCGUCAUCGCGGCCCAACUCCACCGUCGCUCCGCCUAACACAUCCAAGAAUACUAAGUUGGUGUGGAAAGGCUAUUGGAGCUACAACAAGAUGACGGACGAUUGGACGGAUUUCUCCCUUCGGAAUGAGCGAGCGUUCGUCUUCCGGCGCGUUCGCGGAUGGGAUAUGAGUUCAUGA